GUUUGUAGCCCUUCUCCUUGACAACAUGUUGCUGACCGUGUGCCCAUCAUUCCCAGUUACCUGUAUGCUCUUCAUCAUCAACCACUGGAGGAAAGCCCCACCCAAAACCCGGGCGUGGUUUCCGCGACUCGAUUUCAGAAAAUCUUUUCGUAUUAUGACAACUCGACGAUGAACACCGAGCGGGAAAGCUGGCCGGGUGAUAUAGCGCAGGCUUUCACCACAGCGCAGUCCCCGGUGACCAAUACAACUGGGACAGCCGAUUCGAACAGCAGCUGUUUAAAGAAAGACAAGGACUUGCUGAAUGAGAAUGUCCAAGUUGGCUUGUUGUUUGCUUCAAAGGCCACUGUACAACUCGUAACAAACCCUUUCAUAGGACCGUUAACAAACAGGAUAGGAUAUCAAAUUCCAAUGUUUGCAGGGUUCAUCAUCAUGUUCAUAUCAACAGUUAUGUUUGCUUUCUCGAAGAGUUACGUCUUACUGUUCUUAGCCAGAUCUCUGCAGGGUAUUGGUUCAUCCUGCUCCUCUGUGGCAGGUAUGGGGAUGCUGGCCAGUGUUUAUACUAAUGAUGAAGAAAGAGGUAAUGCAAUGGGUAUCGCAUUAGGAGGUCUUGCAAUGGGAGUUUUGGUGGGCCCACCCUUUGGCAGUGUGAUGUAUGAAUUUGUGGGGAAGACUGCUCCCUUCCUGAUUCUGUCAGUGCUGGCACUUCUGGAUGGAGCCCUACAGCUGUUUAUCCUCCAGCCAUCCAAAGCUCAACCAGAAAGUCAUAAGGGGAGCUCACUGUUUGCACUUUUACGUGAUCCUUAUAUAUUGAUUGCUGCAGGAGCCAUAUGCUUUGCAAACAUGGGUAUUGCGAUGUUAGAACCAGCCUUACCCAUUUGGAUGAUGGAGACCAUGUGCUCCCCAAAGUGGCAACUGGGUGUUGCUUUUGUUCCAGCAAGUGUCUCGUAUCUAAUUGGAACUAACAUCUUUGGUGUUCUUGCACACAAAAUGGGCAGGUGGUUGUGUUCUCUUCUGGGGAUGAUAAUUGUCGGAAUAAGCAUUGUUUGCGUACCACUUGCUAAGAAUAUAUAUGGUCUCAUCGUACCAAACUUUGGAGUUGGUUUUGCCAUAGGAAUGGUAGAUUCUUCUAUGAUGCCUAUUAUGGGUUACUUAGUGGACUUGCGUCAUGUCUCUGUGUAUGGAAGUGUUUAUGCAAUUGCAGAUGUGGCAUUUUGCAUGGGGUUUGCAUUAGGGCCUUCAACUGGUGGAGCCAUUGCUAAAACAAUAGGAUUCCCUUGGUUAAUGAUAAUUAUUGGUAUCAUUGACAUACUAUAUGCUCCAUUGUGUUUUUUCCUUCGAAGCCCUCCUGCCAAGGAAGAAAAGAUGGCUAUUUUGAUGAAUCAAAAUUGCACUGUUAAAACCAAAAUGUACACAACUCAGGACCACUUUCAGAAUGCCCCUGUAGUUGACAAUAAUGAGGAAGAGUCUGAGAGUGAUGAAUGAUUGCUGCCAUAUCAUAUUCUUUACAGUAUAUUUUCAUGUACAGUAUGCAGUGCUUUGUGGAAUGUCCUUUAAAAUAGUCCUAAAUGUACUAACUUUUUUUUUGUUCAUUAAAAUAUAUCAAAGCUGUUACUUUAUUUACUCAUGUGAGAAUUAAUUAGGAUCAUAGGGUAUGGGGGUAGGAGACGUAAAGCUGGUUGAGUAAAAUUGAAUGCCAGCAGCCUUAUCACAACAAUCGGAAUGUUUAUUCCAUUUUUAAUCAAUGAAUAGUUUUCGAAGCAUUUAUCAGUUUAUUUUAUACGCACGUAUCUAUUAGUGAGAACAAACCCAGGUGUAUGCACAUAUUCAAAUAUGAACUUUUAUUGUUGUAUGUUUGCUCAAAAGGUUUUCUUGCCCAUAUAUGAGAUUUGUACAGAUUAAUACAUUUCUACAAAUCAGAUUUGUGGACAAUUCAUUUCAUGUAAAAGUAUGGGAUAUCUCAGCAGAUAUAGUAUACUUGUAAUAUUUAUUUAUGAGUAGUCACAGUAAAGUUCACAAGUCAAGCAACUAACUGUCUGAAAAACAGAUUAAUUCUGUUCUUAAUUAAUGAAGUUGAACCUUUAAUUGACAUUUAGACAGAUGAGUAACAACAUCUCCUCCUUUCCAUAAAAGGUAUCAUACUCUUCACACUGAUAAAGUUGCACAUAAAGUGACUGAACAUUUGGUUGUGACAUGAAAAGUUUUUGGAGAGCACUAAAAUGUGAAAACCAUUAACUAUUUUGGAAAGCAAUCCUCAACAGUACUUUUUUCCUAAAAUCUAUACGUUUACAUUGUGGCCAAUCACUUUUCUGUUCUGUAACUCAUGUGCCUUCAUUAUAUAAAAUAUAUUUACAUGGAUUCGAUAUGUUGGCACAUCUUUACUGAUUAAUACUCUACACAUCUGGUUACAGCAAACUUCACAAAAAUGUCCAGCCAUACAUGCAAGCAUCAUGAUGCACUACAGUUGAUAAAUAUUCAGAAACCAUGCCUUAAAUCUUCCUCCAUGACUUGGUUCUGUCAACAUUCUUCAUGAUUACUUAAAAUAGGCUUUCAUAAUUGGCUCUUAUUGUUAAGUGACGAGACAUUUUGUGGUACAGACAACAUGUCCUGUUCAUGCAAAUAUAAUCACUGUUCACAGACAGAUUGGACAGUUGGCCGCUUUGUCCGCUAACAGAUAGGAAAAUAUAAAUAAAGAUGUACAGAGUUUCUCCUGUUGACCAAUAAGUGGGUUCCUAAUCUGCAAUCAGAUGUGUGUGUAUGUGGAUGUGUGUUCCUUCAUUUUAUGGAGAAAUGUCUGUAAUAAAAGUACUCUGAAUAAAAAUGGCAUUGGUUUAUUAAUUUAGCUGUUAUUUGGAUUUAGGAUAUAUCAAAUAAGAGUUUGAAAUGACCAUUUGAAAAUUAUUAUUAUUAUGUAUUCUUCAACAUUUUAAUAUGUUUAAGUUUUCAAAAGCAUUAGCAAAUAAACUAAACUGGUAGGAAUUGCCUUCCUCAUUUAGAUUAUGGACAUGGCUGUUACAUACAAACAUAGAGACGAUAAACUGGAAAAAUGCACUUGGUCUCAUCACGUUAUCCCAAUGAUUGUGUCAUAGAUAAAAAUAAUGGCACUCCAACCAUCAGUUGUGAUCUAGUAGAUGCAAGAGUUGAAAAAAAAGCCUGGAUCAGAGAAAAGUUAACUUCUUUGAAUUUCCUGUCUGAACCCCAAAAACAAAUGCACCAGGAGAUUUCAGUAAUCGUGAGGUGUAUCAUCAUUUAGUACAGGAAAUUAUCCAGAUCCCUUUUAAAUAAUUUUUGUCCUUGUCUAGGAUGUUACAUUGUGGCAUUGCUGACCUUGGUUCUGAAAUAAAUCCAGUUCAGCAAAGCCAUUAACUUUUUUUACUUGUAUAAAAGCUUCCAUUUGAAAAACUUAAAACAAGUACAUUAAAAUGUUUGCUUGCUGCUAACCCAAAUCUUAAUUUCCGUAUCUUGGUGACUGUAAAUACAUGGAGUCUUACAGAGCUGUAAAGCCAGUUCGGUGCUUUUUGAUCAUAAGAUGGGUGGAGGUGCUCCAUCUGAUGCCAUUUUCUCUAUGAAAGCUAACAGUUACUCUAUCCAUCUACCAGCUCAAAAUAUAGAAUAGCUAAUUGAACGAGAUCCCAGAGGACUGUUGCUACCUAUCAAAAAUAUAACAUAAGUCACCAAGUUCUAAAACAGAGUAAAGCACAAGUAAGAAAAUUUGUUGAGGAAAAUAUCUGUGCAGCAGCAGGAAGAGUGAGGUGUCAUGUUCUUAGCUGAGACACUCAGAAGUUGGUCAACCUUCACGCCACACAGCUUUUAAAUAUAGCAUUAAGCAUUCAAUACAAGUUUUAAUUUAUUGUAGUGAAUAAUGACUUGUAAUCAGCCAAAAUGAUUUGAAUGUUUUUAAGGCUAAGAUCGGUAGAAUUUUUGAACAGUAAAGGAAUUAAGGGCUAUUGUGAGUGAGCAAGUAAGUGGAGCUGAGUGCACGAAAAGAUUAGCCCUGAUCUUAUUGAAUGGAGGAGCAGCCUUGAGGGGCAGAUGACCUGCUCCUCCUAUUUCUUAUGUUCUUAAAAUAUUUCCUUUGAACCGGGAAGCUGGUGGGGUGAACGUGUUCUAGCUGACCCUCUACCACCAUUUUCAACAGCAUAAAAUCCAUCACACGUCUAUCUCUCUGCUGUUACGAAGAUGUCAUUUGAAAUCAAACUGUUACAUCUGUUUCUCUCUCAAAUACAACAAAAUCUGCUGAGUUUUCCAGCUUUCUGUUUUUAUUUUAGAUUUCCAUCAUCUGUAGUAUUUUGCUUUUAUGUUAUCACAAGACUCCUUAUACUUUGUCAGUUUUACUUGAAGGAUACUGAAGGAUACCGAGUGUAGGACUCGGAAAAGUAUUACACUGUUGUGGAGAUACUCUUUUAAGGUUGAAUUAAGCGGUUGAACAGGCUGGGGACAUGACAUUUAACCAUGGUAUACAAUAUAUAGGUGCCCAAAUGAAAACCAUUCUGUUCCACAGUAUAAAUAUACCUCAAUUGGGAAAAUAUGCAAAAAUAUUGUUAGAUUUCAUAGCAUCAUAAUAGUUACAGUAGAGAAGUUUGCCCAUCAUUUCUGCACUGGGUUCUCCAAUAAGCAUUACGAUUGUCAUUUAUCAUUGUCAAUUACUUGCCCUUUUCCCUUGCCUUUGUGCAUUGUUUCUGUUCAAAUAAUCAUACAACGCCCUUGAGCGCUUCAAUUGACCAGGCCUCUACCACAUUUCCAGGCAGUGCACUCCAAGUCCAAAGCAUCUGUGUGAAAAAGUUCUUCUUCACAUCAUAUUUGCUCCAUUUGCAAAUCACUUUAAAUCUGCCCUCUCAUUCUUGAUUCUUUUAUGAGCAGGUACAGUUUCUUCCAAUCUACCACUCAAUUUUGAAAACAUGCCAGAUCUCCUCUUAGCCUUCUUCUCUCCAAGGAGAAUAGUCCAUUCUUUCCAAACUAUCCUGAUAAGUGAAGGUUCUUAUCCUUAAAAUCAACAGCACACAAUAUUCCAGUUGAGGUCCAACAAAUCUCUUGUACAAACUCAGUAUAACCUCCCUGCGCUUGUUCUCCAUGCCCCUAUU